CUGAAUGAGGUCGUUUGGAUAUCAGUUACGGGCAUGAAAGAUUUAAUAGUUUACUGUUCAUUUUAUUAUUUUCAAAGUAAUUUUUUGUACUAUUAAUGAAUUGUGAAUAUCAAAAUGCCAAGCAGUCUAAUACAUUUAAAUAACAAAACUUUUGUAACAAAAGCAACAAAUCCUUGGAAGUUUAAGAAAUAAUUACGUUUUGCAAAUGCAACUGGUUUUCUAUUAGUUAAUUUAUAUCAACAAAAUCACUGCUACAAAUUAGAAAAAAAUUCUCUCUUUAAAGAAGUAUAGCUUCAAAAGCUGAAUGUCAAUGUAUGUCGCUGGGAAAUCCUUUUGUGCAGGUGCACUUACGGCCAAAACUAUUCCAUCUUGGGCAUGAUGGGUGAGGUCCCCCUGCUUUUUACCAAACCAAUACCCAAAGUCACGCCUUGGGUGAACUUGAAAAUUUGUGGGGGCGAACAAAUCGGAAUCGGAAGCGGCAGCCAAAGUUGAAGGUGGCCAUAAGUUUCAAUAAAUCGAUGCCAACACCUAGCGGGUUGCCAUGGCAAUUGAAAGUCCUUUGCAGGGCCAAACACGUCAGGAAAAUCGCCGUAAACAAAAUAAAAUUGAUGCCUGUCCGCCAGUAAAAUGGGAAUGUUGCACAAUUUGGCCGACUUGAUAAAGAUUAAAAAGGAUAAGAUGACGAUACUGGUGCUGGGACUGAACAACAGUGGCAAGUCCUCGAUAAUUAACCACUUCAAGAAGUCCAGCGAACAGACAUCCAUUGUGGUGCCCACGGUUGGCUUCAUGGUGGAACAGUUUUACAGCAUGUCGGGUGUGUCCAUAAAGGCCAUCGACAUGUCCGGUGCGACGCGAUACAGGAAUCUUUGGGAGCACCAGUUCAAGAAUUGCCACGGAAUCAUAUACGUCAUUGACUCCAGCGAUCGCAUGAGAUUCGUGGUGGUCAAGGAUGAGUUGGAUCUGGUGCUGCAGCAUCCGGACUUGAGCAACCGCAUUGUGCCAAUCCUCUUCUAUGGCAAUAAAAUGGACAUGGAGGACUCGCUAUCCAGCGUGAAAAUAGCAGCAGCGCUUAGAUUGGAGAACAUUAAGGAUAAACCAUGGCACAUCUGCUCCAGCAGCGCGAUAUCCGGCGAGGGUCUGGGCGAGGGUGUCCAGUGGCUCAUCCAGCAAAUGCGUUUCGCCAUGUUGAACAACAAAAAUGCCGCCAAAUCCAGGUCCAAGCACUCCAAAUAGAACUAGAAUACGCUCUGCACUUGUCUUGAUGUUGAAUAAAAUGCAAUGUUUUUUGAGAAAAA